AUGGCAGCACAACAGCACCACCGUGGCACCAGUGGAAGCAAUGGAAGCAAUGGACCCAGUGGUACCGAUGGAAGCAACGGAACCGAUGGUACUGAUGGUACUGAUGGACCCAAUGGAACCAACGGAACCGAUGGUACUGAUGGUACUGAUGGACCCAAUGGAACCAACGGAACCGAUGGUACUGAUGGUACUGAUGGACGCAAUGGAACCAACGGAACUGAUGGUACUGAUGGACCCAAUGGAACCAACGGAACCGAUGGUACUGAUGGACCCAAUGGAACCAACGGAACCGAUGGUACUGAUGGACCCAAUGGAACCAACGGAACCAAUGGACCCAAAGGAACCAAUGGACCCAAUG